ACGGGUGAUGACUCAACUGGUUACGUUCCCCCGACUCAUUCAUCUCUCUCUCGCAUCUCUCUCUCUCACCUUUCUUCCUUCUUCCUCUUCGAUCCGAAACCCACCGCCUCCAACGCCCACAGAUCUCCAUUCUCUAACCUCACUCACCACCUUCCACAAAAUUCCUCUGCACUCUUCAUCGCUUUUCGUUUUUCCCUCUCCUCUUUUCUUCGCAGCUUUCUGCAAUUUACUCUUCUAGGGUUUCCAGUUUCCACGAGCAACACGUUACACAGUUAUUUCUGUCCCUCUUUUCAGGCCUUUCAAUUGGCUUGAAUGACCGUGUGGAGGCAACGAGGCUAUGACUUCAAGCAUGUUGAGUGGGGAGCGAAGAUGGGCCUCUUCCAGGAGAAGUGGUAUGACUGUGUUAGGAAAAGUUGCAGUUCCAAAACCUAUCAACUUACCUAGUCAGAGGUUAGAAAAUCAUGGUCUGGACCCAAAUGUGGAGAUUGUUCCCAAGGGUACACUCAGCUGGGGUAGUAGAUCAUCCUCUUCUGCAUCAAAUGCAUGGGGUUCUUCUCUGUCCCCAAAUACUGAUGGUGGUCCUAAUUCGCCCAGCCACCUCAGUGCCCGUCCAUCAUCUGGUGGAAGUGGAACACGACCUUCUACUGCUGGUAGUGAUAGGGCUCUUGAGCCCAGCACAAAUGCAUGGGGGUCAAAUUCUCGGCCUUCAUCAGCAUCUGGAGCACUGCCAACAACCAAUUCUUCGCUGGCACCAUUGCGUCCUCGCAGUGCAGAAACAAGACCUGGUAGCUCACAGCUGUCUCGAUUUGCUGAACCCUUAAUUGAAAACUCAGGUGCUUGGAAUGCUGCUAGGACCUCAGAAAAACUGGGAGUUGCACAACUCAAGAAUUCUGAAUUUUCUCUGAGCUCUGGAGACUUUCCCACCCUUGGUACUGAGAAGGACAAGCCUGGCCUGAAUUCUGAGGUGCAAGACCACAUUUCUCAUGCUCGCCCUGGCUCAUCUUCUGGACUCGGGAGAGAGAUAAAUGAGACCUCCGUUGGUGGUGUUGCUGAUAUGACAGAUGAUGUUUCUACAAAUGCAAGUAUUAAGGGCGGAACUGUAAAUUCUUGGAGAAGAGAUUCUCAGGCUCACAACGAUGAUGGUGUGAGACCUAGCAUGGAGAAAUGGCAGGGAAAUUCCCAGCCUUACCCUAAUGCUGGUUUCCCUCCUCAGCACUUUGAUGGUUGGCAUGGUCCUCCAGUAAAUAACCCUCAAAGCUGUGUUUGGUUCAGGGGUCCUCCUAGUGGUCCUCCAUUUGGAAAUCCUGUUCCUCCAGGUGGCUUUCCAAUUGAACCAUUUCCGUAUUAUCGUCCACAUAUGCCCCCUAAUGCUAUUGCCAACCCACCCUUGGUUCCCCCUCCUGGGACUGGACCAAGAGGGCCCCAUAAGAAUGGAGAAGUCUAUAGGCCUCAUAUGUCUGAUGCCUAUAUUCGCCCAGGCAUGCCUAUCAGACCAGGCUUCUAUCCUGGUUCGGUGGCAUAUGAGGGAUAUUACAGUCCUCCAAUGAGCUACUGCAAUUCAAAUGAACGAGAUGCUCCUUUCAUGGGAAUGGCCUCUGGACCCCCCGUUUAUAACAGAUACUCAAAUCAAAACCCCCCUGAGCCUGGCAAUUCGCAAGGCAGAUCUGGUGGAUAUAGUAAUGCUGGGGAGCAAGUGGCAUCAGAGCAAGUGGAAUCCAGCCAUCUUCCUGAUACUUCUGGACCUUACAGAGUUCUUCUUAAGCAACAUGAGUCAGAUGCAAAUAAUGAACCAACAAAUUGGGAGGACUCAAAGUCGAUCAAUGCAUCAUAUGUGGAUGCCAAAGACCGACCAAGAAUGACAGUUUGGGACAAUGAGCAGAGAUCAAAUAAAAGAAAGAAUGAGUUGGAUUUGAGGACCAGUGCUCACGGUGAAGAAGUUUCUUCUCAGACUUCAGACAAUCAAGUAUUGAAUUCUUCUGCAAUUGUUAGGGCCAAAGUUCCUGAAAGUUCAAGUAACCUUAAAAAAUCUGAUGAGAUUUCAGCUAGGAAAUUGGAUGGUGUUGCCUCUGAUAUUCUAGAAAUCCCCCCAAGGCAAUCUGUUGCAAAAGAUGCUAGUCUGAUUCAGAAGAUAGAGAGUUUGAAUGCAAAAGCCAGGGAUAAUUCAUCUGCUAGAAUAAAAGAGGAGCAAAGAAAUAAAUUUCCUGCUCGUAAUGCUCCGGUAAACCGUGUAGAAAAUGAAGUUGGGGCUGAUGUUGUGUUACCUGCAAGAAUACAUGCCACCGAAGUCAUAAAUCCUGCCCAUCGUGAAGUAUGUGUUUCUGGUGCGGAAAAGAAUUUGGAAUCCCCAUCUUUCACUGGAACAGCCAUGCCAAGGCGAACUGCUGUUGGCAUGCAAAGUAGAGGUGAUAAUCGUAACAAAGGCAGAUUAAACAAUCAAGAUGCUGAUGGUUGGAGAAAGAAGUCUCUGGUUGAAGAUUCUUCUGCUUCAUCAGGGGCACUAUUGCAAGUAUCUAAUGUUCUUGUGGGUGACCAUUGUAUAUCUGUUAACCAAGUAAGGCACAAUGGAGAAUCUGCUCAAACCAGGACUGAUCCUGCUGAAAACCACGCACAGCGUGCCAAAAUGAUAGAGUUAGCCAAGCAACGGACUAAGCAACUGCAGGAAGAAGAGGACGAGCGAAUAAGAAAGCAAAAGGUUAAAGCACUUGCAAAAUUGGAUGAGUUAAAUAGGCGUUCUCAAGCAGUGGACGGGUCAAGUCAGAAAGAGGAUGCUACAAGUUCUUCCAUCCAGAAUAAGCAAGAGGAAUUACGACCUUCUGAAACAGCAAUUGCAACAGGCAAAUCCAGAGUUGUCGGUGGAAAUUCUAAUGCCAAUACUGUUUGUCAGAUUAAUGAUACCAGCGCUAAUGUUGUGGAAAAAUCUCCAAUCUUGUCCAGUGAGCCACCUUUAGAAUCACUUAAGACUUCUCGCAAAGAACCUGUUCUGGAUCAUAAUCAGUCAAUGACCCUCCAUCAAGAGGUUAAUAGUGCUGAUGCAACUACUUUACAGGUCAACAGCAAUAUUGCCUCAAAGCAGAAGCGAACAAGUUAUAAACAGAAGCAGAAUAUUCCUUCAGAAAAAACGCAGAAUGAAAAGGUUGUUUCCACCACCUCAACUGCCCCGAAAGUUCAGAAGGAGACAGUGGCUCAUGUUUCUCUAUCUUCUAGCAUUGUUACAAAUGAAGUUGGUUCAGCCUGUGCCCAUGGUUCCAUCAAUCCCCCUGCUGCAGUUGAGUCUUCAGUAAACUUGAGAAAGAAGAAUAACAGGAAUAACAAAAACAAACAUAGAGUUGAAGGAACUUCAUCUCUUGACACACCACAAUCAGCAACAGUACCAAAAGAAGCCAAUCAUUCCAAAAGUUCAAUAGAAGGUGAUAAGUCCAAGGCUUCUGAGUUUGAGUCAGAUCAGGGCUUACUUCAGCCAGCACCCUUGUCUAAAGAUCCACAUCAGUUUUCAGAGCAACACAGAUAUUUAGCAAAUGAGGAAUCCCAUGCUAGAACGAAUAGCCAGUGGAAAUCACAGCACUCUCGUAAGACCCCACGAAAUACUCAGCCUAAUAGACCAACAGAGAAAUCCCAUGGUAGUGAUGCUGUGAUGUGGGCGCCGGUUAAGCCACAGAACAAGACUGAGAUCAUGGAUGAAUCAAAUGUGAAAAGUAACAUUGAGGCAGUUAAUCCUGUAAAGAGUGAUCAGCAGGUCCAUAAUUUAAAAAAUAAGAGGGCAGAAAUAGAGAGAUAUAUUCCAAAGCCUGUUGCAAAAGAAAUGGCUCAGCAAGGAAGCAUACAACCGAUGGCUUCGUCAAUCAGUCAGGCUCAUACUGAUAAUAGUGUUGAAAGAAUUGAUUCUGGAUCGCAGGGCCCCCACAGUGCUCAACAUACUAAUUUUGUUUUGGGAAAAGUGGGUUCAGGAAUGGAGUCCAAAAAUAAAGAUGGCAGGCAUGCUAAGCAGGGAAAAGCACUUGGAUCAUGGCGGCAGCGAAAUCAAACAGAAUCAACUAAUGUCCAUGAUAUGCAGGAUGGACCGGACCAUGAUUCAAAUGCUGAACCAAAUGUUCAACAACCAGAGCAUCAUGAUGAUCAGAAGUCUGAGAUAAAAUUUGUUAAGGGGCAAACUAUGCAUUUUAAUGACUCUAAUAAUCUUGAUGGUUCAAACAAUCCUGAGACUCAUGAUCCUGUUCCUGUAAUUAAAGACCAUGCAGCAACAGCAGGUAGAGGGAGGCGGGCUCCUUUCAGAGGACACAAGGGUGUAGUAGGGGUGAAUCAUGAUGUGGAUCACAAAAAAAACACUUGGGAGACAGAUAAAAUUGAAACACACUUCUCGUCCUCUGUGCAUGGUCAACCAGAUGUUGGUGCUGCUCUUAAAGAAAAUCGAGGUGCUGGGGAACGCUUGACGUCUCAAUGGCAACCCAAAUCUCAAGCAUCUAAUAAUCAGAGUGGAAAUAGGCACAAUGAUCAGAAUGUCAGCUCAGUGGUUGUUGGAGCUAACAGAAAGGAUUCCACUAGUGAUGGUGAAUCUCUUCCGGCAGGCCGUGGCAAGAGUUCCAAUGCUCAUGUCGCCCAACCUCACCAUGAUCAAUCUGUCUCUGAAAAGAGUAAGGUUCGAGAUGCUCCACAUUUUGGGAAUCAAGAUGCUAAAAGAGAAAAGAAAAAUGCUCCACCCAAAAGGCGCCCCCAUUCUCCAAAUCUGGUAUAUGGUAGCUCGGUUGAGCAGGCUCCAGCAAGUACGGAUCUUUUGCAUGAGCAGCAGCACCCACCAUCGUCAGGGUUUGGCAAAAAUGGAAACCAAAAUCGGUUUGGAAGAGGUCAUGAAUCUCGUGGAGAUUGGAAAUCACAUCCCCAAGAUAGCAGACGUCAUAACCAACCUACAAACCGGGAAAGGCAGGGCUCAAACUUGCAUUAUGAGUAUCACCCUGUUGGGCCAUACAAUGACGGCAAGUUGGACAACUUUGAUCGAUCUAAUGAUGGUAACCAUGGUGGGGGGAGAUUUAGGGAGAGAGGUCCCACUCAUUCGCGACGAAACGGGGGAAACUCUCAUGGACGCCAGGGUGGUGAUUAGAUAGUGUGUCAUUCAGUUCCAAGAGGUUUUUUAAGGUGGUCUUUUUUCUGUUUCAUAUGAAGCCACACAUCAAUUAACUGUGCUGCCGUAAUCAGCUUUCAGCAGGGCUAGGAGCGGUGAAGAUGGUGCCCCCGUUUUUUUGGCGGGGCUGGGGGUUUUGAUGGUUAGUGCCGUGUGGUUGAUUGUUAUUUUUCUAAUGUAUCUGAUUAAAAAAAAUAGUAAUUUGAUGGCAUUUUAUUUCUGAAAGGUAGUGUGUAACACUUGACAUGUUUCAACGAAUCUAUUGCUAGGGACAUCAAAGAGAAUAUAUGUAUUUGCAUUCCACAAUCCACGGCUCACUUUUCAUUGUAUUUUCUGCUGGAAAUAUAUAAAAUAUGUUCAAGUGUUUGCCCUGAGUUAACAGGAUCACUUCUAUUA